AUGCACGAACUUGCCCAGGGAGUUACUAUCAACUGUGAAAUAAAAGCCAACUCAAAGAAACCCAAUCUUACUUAUGAAGAUGGCCGUUUAAUUAUUGCCGUUCGAGCAGCUGCCAUCGAGAAUAAAGCUAAUAAGGAAGUAAUUGAGAGUCUGGCUGAUUUUUUUGAACUAAAAAGAACACAAAUAACUAUUAUUUCUGGACAUAAAUCAAAAUCAAAAAUAUUACUAUUUAAGGAAAUAAGUAAAAUCAAAAUAGAAGAUAAGCUUAGGACUUUAUCAACUAACAACAACCAGCAAUUUUUUCAUGGAGACGAAAAAGUUUUAUGA